AUGCCAUCCGGUCUCAUCUUCAUCACGGGCACCACCGGCUUCAUCGGCAGCGCUGUAGCCCUCGAAGCCCUAAAAACAGGCUACCAGCUACGCAUCAGCGUGCGGCGCGAAUCACAGAUCCUCAAGCUCAAGACCCUUUUCUCGAAGUACGGAUAUAGCGAGAAGGUCGAUUUUGUCGUCGUCGCAGACAUCACGCAGGAAUCUUCCUUCGCAGGGAAACUCGAUGGCGUGGACUACGUGCUCCAUAUCGCAUCGCCUCUUCUUCAUGGAACGGAAAAAGAGUCCUAUCUCGAUCCAGCGGUCAAGGGCACGACGGCUAUAUUGACCGAGGCAGCUAAAGUAAAGAGUAUCAAGAAGGUCGUUAUCACGUCGUCCAUUGCGGCGUUUAUUCCUGUUGCUGGGCUUCCGAAGGGGGGUGUUAUUAAAGAAAACAACCCCUGGGACUUCACCAUCGAUCCCAGCGCAGACUUCACAGUCCCGAAGAACGACUCUGCCACCGCAAUGCGCCUCUACCAUGCCUCCAAACUCCUAGCAUAUAACGCAGCCUGGGAUUUCAAGAAAGAUCAAUCCCCUCAUUUCUCACUCGUCACACUUCAUCCCGCUUUCGUCUUCGGCCACAACCACCUCCAAACCACCGCCGAUGAGAUAAAAGGUGGCACGAAUGAGAUGUUUUUCGGGACAAUCAUGACUGGUGCUCCAUUGGGGAAUAUCACGGCGGUACAUAUUCAGGAUGUAGCCGAGGCGCAUGUCAAGGCGCUUAAUGAAUCUGUGCCGGAUGGAUCGACGUUUUUGCUAGCGGGAGAGAGGGCGGCGUGGAAGGAUGUGGCGAGGAUUGUGGGGAGGGAAUAUUCGAAGUGUGGGGCGAGGAUUGGGGAGAGUAUACCCGGGGAGUCUUGGGAUGUGGAUACUACAAAGGCGGAGAGGGAGUUGGGGAUGAAGUGGAGGUCGUUGGAUGUGAUUGUUAGGGAUGUGAUGGAUCAGCAGUUGGGCUUUAGGAAGGGGGGAGUGUCGAGUCAGAUUUAG